GUGUUGUUGUUUCAUGGUGAAGCUCAAAGCACUCAAUACACACUAGUUGCGAAGCGUAUCAACGCGCUCACACAUCAAAACCCAUAAACACACCGUCAGACGAACGUGUACGGAGAAUCGCUAGACGUUAAAUUAGCCUUUAAAAAUGUUGUUUUUGUAUUUUAAAGGCAAACAGAAGCAUCACUUGAAAUUUCAUACGUGCAAGCUUCUAGUGGGUCCUUUGCUCUCCGGAUUCCACUCACACGCUCUCUCUCUUUCCAUCCUGUGCCGUGUUUCCCUUUCGGUCGCAGCGAAUAUAUCGGUUGCACCGAAAAAACAUUAUAUGAGUGAUAAGAAAAAUAUUUGUGUAUGAGUGUAAAAGCUUUGGCUUCGGUGUCGACGUCGUCGGUUGUUUUGGUUCGUGUAUUUUCUAUUUCAUUCCAAUCAACCCACCACUCGCUACAUCACAUACGCGCAAAUCAUAAUUUCCAGUCAUGUUCUCUUUCUCCGUUUUGCGUAGGUUCUCAGAGCCGUUGCCUCGCUCAUCCACUGUUACCAUUCGGAUUGGUUUGGUUUUUUUUUUUUUGAAUAACCGUGCUUAUCUCUCAGUACAUAGCAAUCAGUGUGCUUUACCUCGUCCACUGUAAUGGUACGGAUUGUGUUUUGUGCGCGCCGCGUGAAUUAAAGAAUUCCCAUUGCCAAGUGGCGGUUUUCUGUAUGGAAAAGUGAAAAAUGAGAAAGUGAAUAAAAAGUGGAAUCUGAAAAAUCUAACCCCGAAGCAGUUCGAUUUGAAAUUUUCAUUAAAAAUUGUUGCGCGUACGAUUUGCCAUUUCAAUUUUGAAGCCAGUUAUACUUUGAUUGUCGUUCGCUUUUGGUUGUGCCAUUUCAUAGAGUUAGAGAAGUAAAAAAAACCCAAAGACGAACACACUUUGGCGGAACAACACAGAGGCAAAUGCUCCCAUAAAGUAUAUUCGUGCGAAAUUAAAUAAAGUGAUUAGCAACGGCAACGGUAGCAGCAGCAUCAGUACUAAGAACAGCAUCUGCUCGUAUUCUGACGCUGAACUUAGAAAAUGUUGUUUAAUUCAUAUUUUCAUUUAACAAAAGUGACUUGUGUUUUGUGCAUUUCGACUCAGUUGAACAAUAGAAAAACGGAAUAUGAAAAGCGUUUAUUAUUUGUAGACUAGAGAGAACGAAAGACUCCAAAUUACUCUCUGUUUUGAGAGUUUCGCUUGAGUUUUCUGUGGUGUGUAUUUGUGUGAAAAUGACAAAACGCAUGACGUCCUAUUCUUUGUGAGAGAAAGUUUUCUUCUGCAUUGAUUGUUGUUCGUUUUUUUUUUACUCUUCAUUUUCUUCGCUUCGGUUCGUUUGCUUGGCAAAUUCGUGUGCACACGAUAGGAUGACUAACAAAGAAAAUCAAAAUUCGUGGCAGGAAUAAAAUGGAGUGAAACGCGUGUGAGACUUUCGUGGAAUUGACGGGUAAAAAUGUAAAUAAAAACGGCACACACAAACAUUAGAUGGAUGACAACACUCACACUGCGAAUAUUGGUCGAAAAAGAAAAAAAGAAAAAUCGUGGUGCAUGUGAAAGGAAUCAAUUCGAAUUGAACAAAUAAUACACACAAACACAGUCACGGCGGGCAAAUACACAACAUUCAACAAAUCAACAGUUUCUUCACCCUGUCUUUUCCAUCAUCAACGUUUGUUUGCGACUGUAACGCAUACGGCCACUUUCACUCCAUGGACGAAGCACAAAUAUUUUGCGCUCAUUUUGUAAAUACAAUUAAUGAAUAGAAAAGUGAGCAGCAAAUAUUGCUCGUAGUUUUGGUUUGGAUCGAAAUUGAAUUGAAUCCAAUUCAAUUGAAUCGAAUUGAAUCACCAGCCACGGCAGCGAAGUCAACAGCCAACGUGUCGGACAAACCACGACAUCGUUCCAAAACCAAAGAAAAAAAAUCACACACACACACACACACGACUCUAGCAAAAUAUAUAUAUCAGCAAUUAAGUGCAAUACAAAAUGUUUACUAAACAACCCACUAUGGAUAUGGAUAUUGAAUUCGACAUUAAGCUGCUAGCAACGGAAUACUAUGAAGGAACGAUACGAACCAGUUACAAUUCAACGCGGCACAAAUCGACAGUAUUAGAGGACGAUCCAGAUGCUUUGACACUUCUAUCAGUAGUAUCAAUCGGCGUGUUUCUGUCUCUUUUAAUAUUUUUAUCCAUAGCAGGAAAUAUUUUAGUAUGCUUAGCUAUAUACACCGAACGAAGUUUACGUCGAAUUGGAAACUUAUUUUUAGCAUCACUUGCCAUUGCGGAUUUGUUUGUGGCGUCCCUUGUGAUGACGUUUGCUGGAGUUAACGAUUUACUGGGCUAUUGGGUAUUCGGCGCGCAAUUUUGCGACACUUGGGUAGCUUUCGAUGUAAUGUGUUCAACGGCUUCGAUCCUGAACCUAUGUGCGAUUUCUUUGGAUAGGUACAUACAUAUAAAGGAUCCGCUAAGAUACGGACGAUGGGUGACGCGACGCGUAGCUGUUUUAUCAAUUGUGACAAUUUGGUUAUUAGCUGCAUUAGUAUCAUUCGUGCCGAUCUCGUUUGGCUUGCACAGGCCCGAUCUACCGUUAGUGUAUGAAGACAAUGGUCGAAAGUAUCCAACAUGUGCUUUAGAUUUAACACCGACAUACGCCGUGGUGUCAAGUUGUAUUAGCUUCUACUUCCCAUGCAUCGUCAUGAUUGGCAUCUACUGCAGAUUGUACUGCUAUGCACAGAAGCAUGUGAAAUCAAUACGUGCCGUGACUCGGCCCGGUGUCAGCGGUGAAGUCGUGGAAAAACAACCAAAUCGAUACCGAAGCAUUCGUCGAAAACCGAAAAAGAAGUUUAAAGUGCGCCAUUUACAUCAUUCAUCACCGUAUCACGUAUCCGAUCACAAGGCAGCAAUUACAGUUGGCGUUAUAAUGGGCGUUUUUCUUAUAUGCUGGGUACCAUUUUUCUGUGUUAACAUUGUUGCGGCAUUCUGUAAGACCUGCAUCGGUGGUCAAACAUUUAAAAUACUGUCAUGGCUGGGCUAUUCAAAUUCAGCAUUCAAUCCAAUCAUUUAUUCCAUUUUUAAUACGGAAUUUCGUGAGGCGUUCAAACGAAUUUUAACGACGAAAAAUUCAUGGUGCUGCUCACAGGACUUGGGUAAUGUGCAUCCGCGUAACAGUGAUCGCUAUGUAACUGAUUAUGCGGCAAAAAAUGUCAUCCAUUCGAGAUCAUCCGCUGAUAUUGAGCAAGUGUCUGCGAUUUGACCGCACAACGAUAUUAACGGGUAAAUAGGCUAUUUGUAAGACGUGAAUUUCAAACUCAAGCUACCCAAAACACAAAGAGAAAGAAAAGCAUGAAAAGCAAACAAACAAACAAAAAAGAAGAAGAAAAAUAACGCACACAAAACCCAUUGGACAAAUGGGCAAUGUGGCUCAUGUAAUUACCACAAACCAAAAUGAAAUGUGAAUGAAAGAAUUUAUUUGUUUAGGAUACCGAAUAGAAAAACAAAACUGCUUAAACUAACAACAGAAAUCGAUGGUAUAUUAUAUAUAUUUAACAUAGAAAUAUUUUGCGCGGAAUCUCCUUAAGCAAAGAAAAACAAAAAAAAAAUGAUGAUGAAAACAGUGUAUUAUUGUUAGGAACAUCUUUUUAGUGUAUAUUUGUUUGAUAUGUGACCAACCAAAGAGUUAGCGUAUAAAUAUAAUUCGAAAAUGCAUUGAAUUUCUGAACGGCCCGCCCUUCUCCAGAAAAAAAAACACUCUCAUUUUAGAUAACUAACUGAGUAAAACCUGCCAAAAUCACACCACGGUCAGAUGAGAUUUAUCACACUUAGUAUUUUACGAGUAGAAUUUAAUCAAGUUCGUAAAGCAUCUCUUAUACUCCAGAUCAAUAUCCAUUUAUUCUCAUAGACACAAGCGUGCCCCAAGUAACUGAAGAAACUAUGUGAGAACAACAAAAAUCAAAUCCUUCUCCUUUCCGUUAUCACACAUACUCACAGGCACUCACACGUGUAUUGGUAAUUUAUGCAAAUUGCAUGUUCUGGUCGAUAAUUAUAGGCAAAAGUGAAGGAUUAAUUGUUUUUCGUGUAAUUUAUCGAUGUAAAUAAUGGUAGCAGGCACAAGACAAGUGCAUUGGGCAAUGGCAAGUGACUGUUGAAUAUUUAGAAGUGUAAUUAGUGAACGGAGUGAAGCGUAUAAUCCAAUCGAGGCGUGUGUUUGCAUGAGUGCGAGAGAAAGAGAGAAAGAGAGAGAGAGAGAGAGAGAGCGAGAUGAGAAAGUGCACAAAUUGAAAAUGCUUCCUACCAUCCGAAAAGUCAUCCGAAUGAACCGCACUUCGAUGGGCCGAAAGUUAUGCUCCCAUGUCUGAAAUUGAAAUAUACUACAUAAGCAUCAGUUUGUGGAACGGAAGCGUACAGCUGCCAGUCGAUUUGGUACAGUUGAUAAGUGCUACAAUGCUGCUGAAGCGAGCAAACACCAUACACCAUGGUCAUAAGGCAACAAUAUCACAUUUCGCUUGAUACCAACUCGGGCGGUAUCUAAUGCGAAAACAUUUUGUGCAUGACACUUGAUUGAUACACCAUGGAAAACAGUCUCACUUUCAAUUUCAGCUCAGAAAAACUUCACACCCAAUCAAUAAAGUCCGUAUUCUACGAAAGGAGCAGCGUGAGCGAGCAGAAGAGAGAGAGAGAGAGAGAGAGAGAGAGAGCGCGUCAUGCGAGAAAAUUCGCACACAACUGACAUCAAGCCACAAAAACUCGAGUUCUCAUUUCCACUUUUCAAUAGCAAAACCCCUUUUUGAAUAAUUACUGUAAAAGUUUCUGUUGGCUUCCAGGAAUACAUAGAGCCCAGCACAUUUUGACCCGCAUUGAAAAUAAAAAAGUAAUUUCGCCUUUGAGGCUCUUUGAUUAUAUUUCACCACACUACAUGGAUUCACUUUUAAAGAUGAAAAAAAAAAAAUGACGAAGAGCCAAACCGCACAUUUUGCAAAAUGUGUACUGUAACGAUAACAUAAGACACGGUUUCUGUAAACCAAAAGAGCAACAACAACAACAACAUGCUCGAUACAAUAUCAAGUGCAUCUCAUCUACCAUCAUACAGGUCUAGUAAAACGUACAUAGAGAAACAAAGUAUAACUCACUUACACACAAAAGAACUCACAAAUUAUGAUGUAAAUCAAAAUAAUGAAAUACCUCCAAAGUUGUCUAUCGAUUGAUGAGCACACAUCCACAAAUGGCGCAUCAUUUUACCCUUCCAACGUAAUAAUACUUUCGGACAAAUAUAAUAUUUAUUUUACGGAUACAUUAAAAGACAAAACAAAAACUACGUGUAAGCCAUUAAAAUUUAUGUAAAAUAAAAUUGAACAUCUGCAUGAAACUCAAUACAUUGUUGCUAGAGUGUAACACUUUUGAAUGUGCACAUGACCAGAGUGAACUGCUAGAGAUAGAGAAAUUUACUCAUAAAUUGAACAAUGCAUUUACCUAUAAAAAAGAUGAUAGAAAACUGUUUUUUUUUUUGAACAAAUACGUAAGCUAUAAUGAUUGUUGACUCCAUUUAUUUUUCUCAUUUUGUGAUAGUGGAUAAAAUUCGCUGAAAACCUCUGUGAAACGCCACUGUUUUCAUCGUUAAAGUUUGAGUUGAAGUGAGAACGAGAAAACUAAAUACUUUAAUACAUUUAAGAUAGAUACUUUAAAAAUGAAGCAAGUAAAACGUAAUUGUAAUUCUUAUGACGUAUUCAAAAUACAGACACAAUGUUGGCAAUGAAUUGUCAUUGCACGAAUCACAAAUUGUAACAUUUUGCAGUUGCACACGUAUGGGCUGCUGAGGAUUUUAUUUUUAAGAUGGAAAUGAUGUUUCUCAAAGAGAGCAUAAAAAACAAACAAAUCAAUUGCACAUACAAAAAAAAAAAACAUGGAAAUUCACUCAACUCUCCGAAUCAUUUACAGUGAUUUUUUGCGACGUUUUAACUCUAGUUUUAAUAUUGUUCGAUCGUUCUCCCUCGUUUUAACCAAUUUCUUUUGCCAAAAUUCCAAUUUAUUACUCAGCAAACGAAUGUUAUUUGAAAAGUUCGUACCAGACAAUUUCAAAUAAGGCCAAAGGCAAUCCCGAGUUUUUCAACCAAUCUAACAAACAGAAUGCAUUGCAACACAUCCGAAAAGUUUUCCGAAAAAUGAUUCAAUCAUAAAACGAUGAUAAAGUAAGCAUUUCGAAACGCAAUUAAGGAUUUGUAAAUGAAUAUACGUUCCGUAAUACAUAAUAGAAUAAUGUGAAGAUACGAAUUUUCAGGUUUUUUUUGUUCCGUUUAUCUGUCAAUUAAACAGGGUUUCAACCUAAGUCAUAAUCUAAUUUCUUUUUUAUACUUUUUAAAUGAGUUUUUCUUUUUUCGAACAUGUUUUUUGAUCGGGGUUCAUAGUUCAAUGACAGAAAUUGAUAUGAAAAGGGAUAGGAAAAAGGAUUCCCGCUUGAACCGAUCCAAAACGUAGCAUAGCGAACAUAUGUCUUGCGGAUAAAAAUUCGUAACGUAGCAAAUCGUGAACAAUUACACCUCGGUAGAGCAAUUUCAUGCCAAAGAUUUUUAUCGUAUUUUCGUUGGAUUCUUUUAUUUUAUGAUUUGGCGCUAUGGCCGCACAAAACUAAAAUAGGAAAAACCAAACAGUCUUCGCAUGUGCGCCGCUGCCAUUGAAACUUAUAUGGGUUGGCCGAUAAUCUUUUUUCCGCUUCGUCCAUUUAAGUUUAUAGGGAAAUGAAAUGAGUUACAUCAAUUUUUAUAUUCUAAUUUUCACACGCCAAACACUCUCUACGUAACGGGAAAGAGCAUUCGGAAUUUUUUUUUUUUUAGGUCAUUAUUGAUUAAUUUUAUUAGACGGUAAAAAUAAACGCAUUUGCGCAUUGAUUUCAGCACAACCCUUCAUCGACAGCGUGUUUUUUUUUUCUAUUUGCUACACAUCGUUCCGAAGUCUUUGGCAAAGUUUCACAACAACAGCAGCAUAAACACACACACACACACACACACACGGUAAAGCAAAUGAGUAAACAAAUACCAAAAAUAAAAUUUCGACCGAAAUUCAGUCGGCCCGAAAAAUGAGACUCUCCCUCGUAUCAUCAUCGUUUCACACGACUCAUUCAACCACAUACAGGAAAACAUACAUAUUAAAUGAAUGACAAAAAAUGUUCAUUAAACAAGAAAAUUAUCUAAGAACAAAAAAGAAUGAAAAACACACAGACGCAAAGCACAAGCUAUUAUGUGACGCGCGCGUCCUUUGACAAUGAUGUAAAGUGUUCGCAUGACUACGACCCAAAAUGAAAUAGAAAUAAAAUUAAAUUUAAAUCAAAAAGGAAAUUAAUGGAACAGGUCAUUAGAAAAAACAAACAAAGAAAUCAGUAAAUAUAUUUGUAUAUUAUAUAUAGAUUAGAGAUUCUGAAGUGACUAACAUUUAGAUAGACUCUCAUUCGACUUAUGGUUCUGCUCGCUAUAUUUUUUAUCAUCAUUGUGAUUAAUUUAUUUAAGAAUCUCAUAAUUCAAAUGGAACGCCCGAAUUGACGGAUGAAAGUUUGUUAUGCCGAACGGAUAUUGCACACAAGUUCAAUCGCCCGAAGUGAAACAUAAAUAUAAAAUUAGAAUAAUAAGAAUAUUCGGCCGUUGUCAAAACCGUUCGAUGAGCAAACAUUCAUUCGCUGUCGAGGAUUCCGGUGGAGUUUAGUUGUGUUUGGUCCUUUAUGAUCGUCACACAAACACAAAUUCACACAAACACACUCAUCAGCUUUCAAGAAAAAAAAAAAUAGACUAGUUUUGAAAAAUACGUAUAAAUAAUCAAAAUUCGAUGUUCUUAAAUGUGCAAAUCUAACGGCGCCAAACUUAUCAUUUGGCAUUGUAUACGGUAAAAGCAAACUAAUUGGGUUAUGCUGAAAACGAGGAAUUCAAAUCAUAUGCGAACAUGUGGGACAAAGUAAAUUUGAUGAAGAGAAAAUCAAAUGAACAUAAAAAAAAAAACAACAACAACAACAACAACACUGGAAAUAACAUACAGAGCAGAUGAUAGAUCUAUGAUGAAUUUUUAAAGGAAAUCAAUUUGAAUUUAAAAUAUAGUCUAUAAAUUUUAGUAAUGCAAUGCAAACAAACAACAACAACAAAUUCAAAACAGACAAGAGAACAAAGUGAAUAUAAAUUUCAUAAAAAUCUAUGUAAAUGUAAAGAAAUUAAAUAGAUAAAUAUCAAAAUG